UGAAACUCUCAGCGCUCCGCGGGGCCCCAUGGCUGCACCCAACCCCACGUCCCACCUCCCCAGCGAAGCCUCCUGCCCCAUUUGCCUGGAAUAUUUCCGAGAUCCCGUCUCCAUCCACUGCGGCCACAAUUUCUGCAGGGACUGCAUCGCUCGGUGCUGGGAAUGGUGCACGGGGGAUUUCUGCUGCCCGCAAUGCAAGGAGACGGCGGAGGAGAGGAUUUUAUGUCCCAACAGGGAGCUGGCGAGGAUGCUGGAGAUCGCCAGGAGGCUGAGCCUGCAGGCAGCCCACAGGGACGCUGCGGGGCAGGAAGGAUGCAAAAAGCACCGGGAACCUCUGAGCAUUUAUUGCAAAGACGAUGAAGCUUUCAUCUGCCUCAUCUGCCGCGAGUCGCGGCUGCACCGGGCUCAUGUGAUGCUUCCUGUGCAGGAUGCUGUCCAGGAAUACAAGGAACAAAUCCAAUCCCGUCUGCAAGCGCUGAAGGAAGGCAGAGACAAACUCCUGGGGUUCCGAGAGGCUGAGAUGAGGAGAAAUUGGGAGUAUUUGGAGAAAACCAGCACCGAACGGCAGAAGGUUUUGGGUGUAUUUGAAGGGCUGCGGCUCUUCCUGGAGGAGCAGGAACGUCACCUGCUGGCCCAGCUGGAAAACACAGAGAGGGACGUGGAGAAAACGCAGGAAGAGAACGUCACCAUCCUGACCAAGGAGAUCUCCCAGCUGGAUGCCAUCAUCCAGGAGACGGAGGAGAAGUGCCAGCAGCCAGCAAGCCAGUUUCUGCAGGACAUCAGGAGCACCCUGAGCAGGUUGGGAAAGGAGAACUUCCAGCAGCCCGUGUUGCUUCUUCCAGACCUGGAAAGGAAACUCAGUCACUUCAGGGAGAAAAAUAAUGCAUUAGAGGAGAUUCUGAAGAACUUCAAAGAAAUCCUGAUGUUUGAGCUGCCUGAAAAGAUGAGCGUGACCCUGGAUCCAUCCACAGCUCACCCCCAGCUCUCCGUGUCGGCGGAUGGGAGCAGCGUGAGGUGGGAAGAUGCCCGACGGGAUGCAGCCAAGGAGGAAUUUGGGACCGAUCCCUUCGUGCUGGGCCGUGAGGGCAUCACGUCGGGGAGAUGCUGCUGGGAGGUGGAAGUGGCACCCGAAGGCUCCUGGGCUGUUGGUGUGGCCAAAGAGUCCCUAAAGAGGAGGGAAGAGAGCGGUGCGAGCCCUGAGGUUGAGCUCUGGUCUAUGGGUUUCUGUGAGGGACAGUUUUGGGCUCUGUCCUCCUUUGAGCGCAUGACGUUGCCCCAAAUCCAGGUUCCCAAAAGGGUUCGGGUCACCCUGGACUAUGAGAGGGGCCAGGUGGCAUUUUUUGAUGCUGAUAAGAGGGCUCUGAUCUUCAUUUUCCCAUCGGCCUCAUUCAAAGGGGAGAGCAUCCAGCCCUGGUUCCUGGUGUGGGGCGAGGGCUCUCAGAUCACGCUGUCAGUGACGGCCGGAGGAGAAGCUUGGGUGGCCCAAAACAAAGGGCCAGUAGGCGAAUCUUUCGGGGUUAUCGGGGAGGUCCUGCUGUCCUGCCCCACGUUUCACACUCUUUCUGUCUUCGGAGAGGACGAGGUCAGGGAGAAAGGCUUCGGGGCAGGAGGAAGAGGGCCUCGGGGCCUCCCCAUGGAGGCGGUGGGCGACGACGGGGCGUCGUCGGGGCGGCUGAACCCGGUGGAGACGCUGCAGGAGGAGGCGAUCUGCGCCAUCUGCCUGGACUACUUCGUGGAGCCGGUGUCGAUCGGCUGCGGGCACAACUUCUGCCGGGUUUGCAUCGCGCAGCUGUGGGGAGGAGGAGGAGAGGCCGAGCUGGAGGAGAGCAGCGGGGCCGCGGCGCUGGAGGAGGAGGAGGAGGAAGAACUGGAGGAGGAGGAAGAACUGGAGGAGGAGGAAGAACUGGAGGAGGAGGAGGAAGACGAGCUGGGGGAGGAAGAGCUGGACGUGGAGGAGGAGGAGGAGGAGGAGGAGGAGGAGGAGGACGAGGACGAGGACGACGACAUGUGGAGCGAGGAGGAGGAGGAGGAGGAGGAGGAUGGAGAGCUGUGGGAAGACCCCGUGGAGGAGGAGCUGUGGGACGGAGGGGUGCAGGGAGAGCUCUACUUUGGGGACGAUGAUUACGAUGAGGAUGUGAUGGAGGAGGAUGUGGAGGAAGAGGAGGAGGAGGAGGACGAAGCUCAGAGCCCUCCGCCCCCCGUCCUGCCUGCCCGCCCUCGCCGCCUGCAGACCUUCACCUGCCCCCAGUGCCGCAAAACCUUUUUCCAGAGGAAUUUCAGACCCAACCUUCAGUUGGCCAACAUGGUGCAGAUCAUCCGGCAGCUCCACCCUCACCCGCAGCGCCUCGCGCCGCCUGCUGGCCCCUCAGCCUCAGGGGGUCCUGGGGGGAAUCCGGGGAUCCUGGUGGCAACGGGAGGUCGGGGGUGUCCGAAUCUGUGCGAGAAGCACCAGGAACCCCUGAAGCUGUUCUGUGAGGUGGAUGAGCAAGCGAUCUGCGUGGUGUGCAGGGAGUCGCGGAGUCACAAGCAUCACAGCAUUGUGCCCCUGGAGGAGGUGGUGCAGGAUUAUAAGUACAAACUCCAGAGCCACUUGGAGCCACUGAAGAAGAAGCUGGAUGCGGUGUUGAAGCAGAAGUCGAAUGAGCAGGAGAAGAUCACAGAGCUGAGGGAAAAGAUGAAGUUGGAAAUCAAAGAAUUCGAGUCCGAUUUCGAGCUGCUCCACCAGUUCCUCAUCGGGGAGCACGUGCUGCUGCUGCACCAGCUGGAGGAGCGCUAUGAGAGCUUGCUGGACCGGCAGAGCAGCAACAUCAGCCAGCUGGAGGAGCAGAGUGCAGCCCUCAGCCGCCUUAUCGCAGAGGCAGAAGAUAAGAGCAAACAGGAUGGGCUGCAGCUGCUCAAGGACAUCAAAGGCACUUUUAUCAGAUGCGAGAACAUCAAAUUCCAGGAGCCCGAGAUGGUGCUGGUGGAUGUGGAGAAGAAAUACCGCAACUAUUUCCUGCAGGACGUGGUGAUGAGGAAGAUGGAGAAAGCCUUCAGCAAAGUCCCCCAGGCCGACAUCACGCUGGACCCUGACACCGCUCACCCUCGCCUCAGCCUCUCCCUGGACUGCCGCAGUGUGAAGCUGGCAGGGCGGCGCCAGGAGCUCCCCGACAACCCCAAACGCUUCGACUCCGAUUACUGCGUCCUGGGAUCCCAGGGUUUCACCACAGGCCGCCACUACUGGGAGGUAGAAGUCGGGGGCAGGAAAGGUUGGGCGGUGGGGGCUGCACACGAGACGGCUCGACGUAAAGAAAAAACCAUGGGGCCUCAUCAAAAAAGGGAGAUCUGGUGCGUUGGCACCAACGGGAAGAAGUACCAAGCGCUGACAGCCACGGAGCAGAUGGCUUUGUCACCCAGCGAGCGGCCGCGGCGCUUCGGCGUCUACCUGGACUAUGAACGGGGUCAGCUUUGCUUCUACAACGCUGAGAGCAUGACCCACAUCCACACCUUCAACGCUUCCUUCCACGAGCGCAUCUUCCCCUUUUUCCGAAUCCUGGCUAAGCGCACUCAUAUCAAAAUCUGCACCUGAUGGCCCUCUAGCUUCUGAUUUUUCCCCUUCCCCCUCCCGCCUCAUCCUUUGGGUCCCGCUUUGGGACCCGACGCUGCACUUGUUGUCUCGCACCUGCUUGCUCACAAGGCCUCUUCCCUCCUCUCUCCCGACCCAGCCUCUGUCCUCGUCCCAGCUCUUCUCCGGGGUCGCGAUCCCAGGCUGGUUUGGUUUGGAAAAGGGAUCCAAUCUCCUCGCUGGAGGUUUUCCCUUCAGCUCUUGGUGCUACAGGCUGCCCUCUGCCUUUCCCAGCCCUCUGCAGCAGCUUUCCAGCGUGCCGUUCCCUGUUCUGUUUAAAGCCUGCAGUCGAGCUUUGCGUUGUUUGCUCUUUGGUUGCAGAGCUCGAGCUGAGGAGCUGGCUCUG